AUGCUUGCGGGAAAUAGACCGCUGGUUCAACCAUUCAAGUUGGUAUGUGCUCGCGCGAUCCUCACUUUUUCUCAUUUCAACACGGUCAGUACAGACUCAUGUUUCGACGGCAGGCAAGUUCCGAGAGCGAAAGUGCGGGCGAAGUGGGAUGGAUAG